AUGCGGCUUGUCUUGGUUUUCAUACUCACCAGUUUGGUGGACGCAAAGAGUGUUUCCUUAAUUAUCAUUUUGAAGGCCCUUGAGAAGGAACUGUCUUAUGCGACAAUUCUUAUUAUUGAAAGUUCGACACAAAGAGAUUCAUGUUGGAACCAAAGUUCAUUUCCAAAGGAGAUUCCCACACUAAACUUUAAUGCGAAUCAAAGUGUGUAUCUGAAAGAUACUUUUAAUUCCAAAAUGCUAGUACUUGUUUGUCUAAUGGAAAAAGAAAACGAUUUAAUGGAAGCACUCUACAGUAAUCUUGAAGAUAUGCGAGAUACUCCCACCAUAGUAUUCACAUCUUCUGCAGAUCACAUACGAGAUAUAUUUCAAGAGUGUUUUCGGAAAAGAAUGCUUAAUAUGCUGGCUUUUAAAGGCUCUGAUACGGAGUUCAUAUACAGCUACCAGGCAUAUCCCAAAUUUCGUGUUAUAAAACGGAGUGCAAUGGGUGUUCGCAGAUACUUUGAGCCGCAACUCGCGGAUCUGGGUGGCUAUGCCCUAAAGGCUCUUCCGGACAACGUAAUGCCGCGAACAUUAUCCUACCGAACUGCUGAAGGAAAUCUAAAGUUGGCUGGAUAUCUCUACCCCUUCAUCCGGAAUUAUGUGAGGAGCAUAAACGCCACUCUCGAAAUUUGCUGGGAUCUGGUUCCAGAGGAUGGGAUAAUACCUGAAUGGGGGGAGUCCAUUCUCUCGGAGACGGGACAAGUGCACUUUCCAUUGGGCCUUGAAGGUCUUGACGAAGACAUAUUGAAACAGAACGUAAUUAUGGAGAUCUCCAGCUGGUUCCUGAUGUUACCCAUGGAACACCCCCUUCCCCGAGCCCAAUUCUUUACCAAGUUUCGACUGUACAGGCUCUUACCUCUAAUGUUACUGGUAGCAAUAGUGCUCAGUAAUGCUCAUCGCAUGGAAUCGGGACUUAGUCCCACCUGGCGAUUCUACGUAGUGGGAAACAAAGUACUCCGAGGAAUCCUUGCUCAGCCAUUUAACCUACCCAAUGAACUCUCCAUCAAACUCAUGGUCAUUUAUUGGUUGCUCCUGCUCAGCGGUUUUUUUGUGACCAACUAUUACAUGGCAUAUUUGGAGACCUGGCUCGUCCAUCCACCCGCAGGUGAUCCAAUCGUAAGCUGGGAUCAAUUGCGCAGCCGGAAGCUAAAGGUCCUUACAAUCCCAUCAGAACUGGAGUUCUUGAAGGUUACAAUGGGAUCGGAGUUCAUAGAAGCCCGCUGGGAUAUAUACAAAAUCGCCAACUCGACGGAUUACCAGAGGAAACGAAUGUCGCUGGAUCGAUCUUAUGCCUAUCCAGUGACUCUCACCCUGUGGCCACAUUUGAAGCAGUCACAAAUUAAGCUACGACGUCCAAUAUUCCGUCGUUCCAAGGAGUUGGUUAUUGUCCAGAUUAUUAUUUUAGGUAUGACACUGCCAAAAAACUCGGUAUUUUACAAGCCUCUUAAAAGAUAUACAGCACUAACCUAUGAGAGUGGACUGUAUACGGUUUGGUUCAAACGUAGCUUCAUGGAGUUGGUGGACCUCGGCAAAAUCUCGUACAAAGAAGAUAUCGACCACGACGUUUACUUUGAUCUCAAGUGGCAGGACUUUAGCCUUAUAUGGAUGUCCUUCAUAUGUGGAACUACCUUGAGUUUCCUUGUGUUCCUUGGCGAGAUUGCAUACUACAGGUGGCAUUGGAAAAGAACACAAAGAUGA